GUCACCUUUGGGCUUCCAUCUCUGGCCGGGCGAGGAGGCAUCGUAGCUGCGUUGCAGCCGGUCCACCGUGGGCUGCGGACCUCGCUCGCCGGAGGGAAGGGUUCCCGGGAGCCUCCCACCCCAGACCCCGACCUGCUUGCUGUAUGCCUCGUGAAACAGAUAUUAUCAAUACAUUAGGCAUUUUACAUAACAGAACUAAGCCUAAGAAACUUUUAAACUUCCUAGAAUAGAGGACAUCAUUACCACAAGAAGCAAUCAUGCCUGGAGAAGGAGGAAAAUCAGAUAUGGACCGAAUUGGCCUGUUUAGUGAAAUGGAGUAUAUUACUAUUGGGGACAAAUAUGUGUCACCAUAUAAUCGACCUUUUAAUGAAACUGCUGGCAAAAAUAGACAGAUGCUGCCUGGGGGUAGUAAAAUGAUGUCAGCUCUACAACAAGGUUUCUUUGAGCCUCAGUUUUUAAGAAUAUUUGAAGGUGAGGGCUACGUAAAUCUGAAUCAAGUAAGGAGGCGAUAUAUGUUACAAGAAGCCAAAAAAAAUUUAAGCAAACCCUUCCUUCCCAGUAAUGGAGAAAAAAAAGCAUGUGGAUUGGGCAGCUACUUUGGAACAAUAGGUGGCCCAAUUCCAUUCUUCAGUGCCCAAGUAAAACCCAAAGAGAAAUAUAUUGCUCCUGGAAAGAAUUUGUACACAAAUCCAGGAAAGAAAGGGACUGGAUAUGGCUAUGCAAAUAUUACCAUAGGUAAACAGCUCUCGCACUCUGUUGACGUCUACGACACAGCAAAAGUAAAUCUUCAGAAACAGAACGAAGAUCACCAUCGGUUAAUUAAAGGAACACCUUUCAAGUUAAAUCUCUUUCCAAAAGAUUAUUUUGACAGUAAUCCUUAUUCCUUUGACAAAAUUCUGCCACCACUUAAGAAACCAGAGCAGCUAAAAGCAAUUGGAAGUCCUUUCAAGCCAUCUUCUCCUCCUAAAAAGGCAGGUGGUAUGAAAGCAGGAACAUUUGACCCUUUCCCUCCAUAUAUCAAUGACCAAUAUGGGAAGAAAAUUGGGGAUAAAAGUGUUGCUAAACCAGAAAGGAUUUUCCAUCCAAGCAGUGGACCAAAGACCCGGCCAGUUUCAAGUAUAAUGUCUGCCAACGUCAAAAAGUCAUUAAAUUCAAAGAAUUACCUGACUGCAUCUGUACAGUCCUACUAGUACCUGAGAGAAGAAACUUCCUCUGAUCACCUAAGUGUCAGUAAUUCUUUAGCAGUCAUUUUUAAAUAAAAUAACAUUACAGAAUGUUUCUGGAAGUGGCAAUUCAGAUAUAUGAGACAAAUUUUAAUCUUUUAUUAUUUUAAUGUCUUGAAGAAAUUUUUUAUAAUUAAAUAGUAUGAAUGAUUCA